AUGAAGCAAAAGCAACCCCACCAUCGUCGAAAUAACGGCAGCAAUUCCAACAGCAAUGUUGUAGUUCUCACACUACCAACAGCCGCUCUACGUGUUGGUAGCAACUCCGGUGCUAAUGGCUCAUCCGAGGAAGUUCGUGCACAAAGCGUGCCCGUGCAAGCAGCACUGGCGGUCUAUGUUUCUGACAGCGAUCCUCAGAAGGGCGCCAUCUCCGGCAACGUCUCCAUCCGCGGCCCAACGCGUGAUGCCAGUGGCCCGGACAUUGAGUUCUUCUCGGUCUACUGGGGAUCCGACACGAGCACGCCUCUGUCUUCCUCGCCAGUGGCCGUUGUCCCUGCUGUAGCAGACCCUUCAAGUACUCGGCCGACGUGCACGGACUCCAACGACGGCGAUUGUGGCAGGAUCGUCAUGGAAACCACUGCUGAUGGAUGGACUAUCAGCCGUACAGGAAGAUACAACAACAACGAGUAUGCAUCCAUAGAGCUUCAAGGCCCCGGCAGCAUGACGCUGACAUACUUGGACAUAGAGGCAGGUUGGGAUACCCUUUGCCUGGACGGCUAUUGCUUUGGAACGAAUGAUGUGGGAGUUGCACGCAGCUUCUCUCAAACGGCCACUCUGGUUUGGAUGACGGACUCAUCAGUCAGAUACGACGGCUGGACCGUGGCGUACACAGGCGGUCAACAGGCAACACAGAGUGCUGUUUUUACUUCCGCGUUCCCACCCUCCACAAUACCUUCUGGCGCAACGCACUUCCUCGUCUAUUCCGGCAAUGCGAACGGUGAGAUGGCUGCCCCAUUGGCUGCCGAAAUUCAGGAUACCAUCGCCUUGCCGUCGCCAACCUCGCUUUCCUUCUCGGACAGCUCACCGACCCCUGGCCGCAUCCGGGGCCUCCUGUCGGUCUCCGCUGCGCAGAACGUGGAUGUCGAGCGUAUCGAUGUUUACUUCGGCACCGCACAAACUAUCCGGCUUGGAGUUUGCGAUGGAGUGGUUGGCUAUCGAUUCGAGCCAGGUGCGGGACUGAAUAAAGACUGUUCAUGGGCCGGCCUUGAUCUGUGGCCCCUGGCUGCGGACUCGGUGCCCGGACCGGAUGCUGUCGGUGGCUACGGACUCCGCUUCGACGGGACCUUUGCCGCUGUCUCGACCAUUCCGGCCGACUUGUGGGUUGGAAUUUCCAACAUACAAUGGACGGGCUGGACCGCCUCAGCCUGGGUCUACCCAUCGGUGCCUCCAUCCCUUCCGGUACGCUUGCUGGGACGAUCGGGCUUCAACGCGAUGUCCGAUGUGUUUGCCAUGCAGCUAACCCCGGAUUUCCUUGUGCGCUGUGUCGCCGCGGGCAAUCCCGACAUAGGACCGGAUGCAUGUACAUCACCAGCUGCACAGCCACUGCUCCAGAAUACUUGGACACAUGUGGUGUGUCAACACGAGAUUAACUGGAUGAGUGAUCCAUCGACGGGAUCCACAUUGAGGAUAUUUGUUGAUGGUGUGCUGGUGAAGUCCUGCAGCACUGGCCAGCCUUACUGGACACAACCUGCGCCUGACCUGACGAUCGGAGGCCAUCCGGAAUUCGAAAGCUACUUCGAUGGCCGGUUGGAUGAAGUGGCCGUUUUUGACCGUAUCGUUCCAGAAGCCGAGAUCCAGAUGCUGCGCACGGGUUACCGCAUAGCCAGCUGGCCAGCAGGCGACACAUCGUAUUCAGUGGAGGUGGACACGGCCGUGCCCUUUAACGCGACAACGCUGCAUGCUGUAGCGGUCGGGCGCUGGAACGAAGGAGCACCUCUGAUCGUUGGUCUCGUGGAUGAUGCGACGCCUGCGAACCCACCCUUGGGAGUGACCUUCACGGACACGGACCUUGGUGCCGGAAGCUUCGGUGGCUCCGUGGUGGUGCAGCGUGCAUCAGACGAAUCAGAUUUGACACACUACGUCGCCUACUGGGGCACAAGCCCGACUGCGAAGAUUCCCGGAACAAGCGAGCUCGGUUCGGUUAGCAUCUUCAACGAGAGCGUGCAGAACGGUACCGCAAUUAUCAGCUUGCCUCCGGGGCUCACGCCGGCCUCUGGGGCUUCCCACCUCGUGGUGGUCUCCGCCGUUCGUUUCGGGGCGGCCUUCGGAGAGAUGGCAACUGGCGUCGGUGUGGCUUUGCAAGACUUUGCCCCUCCGUCGGCAGAAGCGCAGGGCAUUUCCUUCACGGACACGAACCCCACCACGGGACAGGUCUCUGGCGACGUCGUCGUGACGCGGGCCACCGACGAGACUGGAGUGACCUCUUACAACCUCUACUGGGCCGACACGGCGCUCAUGAAGCUUCUCCUUAUCGCGAAGCUGCCAGCAAGCUCGAGUUCGUUGACCUACACGCUCACCGAUGCUGUCCUUCCAGCCGGCGCUGCGCACAUCCUGGUCAGUCUAGAGGGCACGGGUGGUGAGACCGUUGCUGGCGUGGCCACCACUGGCGAGCUAGACUACACGACGCUUACGGCGCCUCGUGACCUCAUGUUCCAAGACGCAGAUCCCGGCGUGAAUCUAUAUGGAGGUGUCAUCCAUUUUCGACGGGCUGCUCGUGAGGCGACCGUCGAGCAGUAUGAGAUUCAUUGGGCCCAGCUGUCUGGAUCAACGGCCUCACCGGUUUCGCUGGUGGAGACUAUUACGACGGCAUCCGACAAUGAGACCUUGCUGUUUGAGAUGAUCGACUCCUACGGUGAUGGGUGGAACGGCGCUUACUACUACAUUCGGACCUCAACCGGAGAGUCUGUGGCAGAGGGCACCUUCCUUAGCGGCUAUGGUGAGACACACACCAUCGCUGGCGUCUCAGCAGGAGCAACGUUGACACUUACUGUGUCACGAGGUAGCUGGCCAUCAGAGAUCUCAUGGGUGCUCAGGACAGCCAACAACGAGGAGAUCCUGACCUCCUCGACGGAGACAUUUCCCGAGAACCGGCAGUUUCGUGUGCCAGGCACUGGCAACUCCAACUCUGACAAUGUUCACAUCGACGGAGAGAUGGUUCAAGUGACCCUGCCAUCGGGCACGUCUCCUCCUUCGGGUGCCGACCAGAUCCUGGCACUGUCGAGGCUCACGUCGGGGAGCACGUCCAUUGCUGUAUGGGUCGCGCUGAAUGAUUUCGCACCCCCGUCUGCAUCCCCGACUUCCAUCCAGUUCCAAGACACGGAUUCCGGUAUCAGACAGAUCGCCGGCGUGAUUAGCCUUGGAAGGGCUUCAGACGAGUCUGCCAUCUCUGGCUACAAGGUAUACUUUGGCAGCAGUGCGACGCAGAAGCUUCCGCCAGCAGUCCUACCGGGACUUGCGUACAAACUCUUUGUGUUCCCACAGGGGAGCUCGCUGCCUUCCCUCGACGGCCGUGCGCCGACUUCGGAGGGCAUCCAUGCCUCCCUGGAUUUCGUGAGGCAAGACUUUGGAUCGCCGGAAGCUUUCAACACGGGCUUUGCCAUACGAUGGGCCGGCUUCCUCCACAUCGUGACUGCCGGAACCUACUACUUCCAGACGUUUUCGGAUGGCUGCAAGGUCUACUUGUAUGGAGACGUGCUGAUCGAUGAUGAUGUCUUGAAGACCAACGCGUCGUGGGGAACGGGAACCAGUCUGUUCCUUGAGCAGGGAGCACACUCGCUCCAGGUCGACUACUUCUUCGCACAGGCUCCAGCGGCCCCAGAGGGCACGAUGCUGCUGAACUAUUGGGGGACCGACUCAAGCGACAUGUGGAUGCCAGUGCCGGCAGACAAGCUCUCUCAUGGAGUGAACGAGACGGACUGGAUUGCUUACGUGAGCGUAUCUGCACAAGGCACGUGCUAA